GUAGCGGAGCCAACGCUGGCCCCCUCCCAGACCGGCGGUGGCAUGAAGAUGGGGGUGGGAGUGUGUAGUGGGAGAAGCACCUACCAGGACCCCCAUCUGCCCGCUACUUGGGCACCCCAAAGCUGUGUGCUGCCCACCUGGUGUUCCCCAACAUCUCCAGCUCUACCAAUUGCACCCCUCUGGCACCUGCUUCCCUUGCUGCCAGUGAUUUAGAUCAACCAGGCUGUAUCCACGGCAACAGAAGCAGGAGUGUCACUGGCUGCCAGAUCAGUGAGGGUCCCACAAUGUGGCCUGGGCUGUGGUUUAUCCUGGAUGAGACAGAGUGAGUCUCCUUCCUGAAUUCCAAGACAGUCCUGCUAAGAGAACGAACCCAGUGUUGUUUUCUAUCCAUUUGUAUCCUUGUUUCCAUUUUUCAAUCUCAUUUACCACUCUGUCUCUGCAUUUUUCUGUUUCCCACGCUCAUCUCUCUGUCCCUCUGUCUGUAUCUCCCUCCAUUGUUCCCAUUUGCAGGUGUAGCUCAGCAAGAAAACUGAUGGAGUCCACCAGGGCCCAUCAAAUACUGAACUGGCCGAUUCCCUAGGGUUGGGGGUAGCCUUUGCCCCUCAGUAUGGCCAACACCACCGGAGAGCCCGAAGAGGUGAGCGGCGCACUGUCUCUGCCAUCAGCAUCGGCUUAUGUGAAGCUGGUGCUGCUGGGACUGAUCAUGUGUGUAAGCCUGGCAGGCAAUGCCAUCUUGUCCCUGCUGGUGCUCAAGGAGCGUGCCCUGCACAAGGCUCCUUACUACUUUCUGCUGGACCUGUGCCUAGCCGAUGGCAUACGCUCUGCCAUCUGCUUCCCCUUUGUACUGGCUUCUGUGCGCCAUGGCUCCUCAUGGACCUUCAGUGCACUCAGCUGUAAGAUUGUGGCCUUUAUGGCUGUGCUCUUUUGCUUCCAUGCGGCCUUCAUGCUGUUCUGCAUCAGCGUCACCCGCUACAUGGCCAUCGCCCACCACCGCUUCUAUGCCAAGCGCAUGACACUCUGGACAUGCGCAGCUGUCAUCUGCAUGGCCUGGACCUUGUCUGUGGCCAUGGCUUUCCCACCUGUCUUUGAUGUGGGCACCUACAAGUUUAUCCGAGAGGAGGACCAGUGCAUCUUUGAGCAUCGCUACUUCAAAGCAAAUGACACACUGGGCUUUAUGCUUAUGUUGGCUGUGCUCAUGGCAGCCACACAUGCUGUCUAUGGCAAGCUGCUACUCUUCGAGUAUCGUCACCGCAAGAUGAAGCCAGUGCAGAUGGUGCCAGCCAUCAGCCAAAACUGGACAUUCCAUGGCCCUGGGGCUACCGGCCAGGCUGCUGCCAACUGGAUCGCUGGUUUUGGCCGUGGGCCCAUGCCACCAACUCUGCUGGGUAUCCGGCAGAAUGGGCAUGCAGCUAGCCGGCGGCUACUGGGCAUGGACGAGGUCAAGGGUGAAAAGCAGCUGGGCCGAAUGUUCUACGCGAUUACACUGCUCUUCCUUCUCCUCUGGUCACCAUACAUUGUGGCCUGCUACUGGCGAGUGUUUGUGAAAGCCUGCGCUGUGCCCCACCGCUACUUGGCCACUGCUGUUUGGAUGAGCUUCGCCCAGGCUGCCGUCAACCCAAUCGUCUGCUUCCUGCUUAACAAGGACCUCAAGAAGUGCCUGAGGACUCAUGCCCCUUGCUGGGGCACAGGAGGUGCCCCAGCUCCCAGAGAACCCUAUUGUGUCAUGUGAAGCAAGCCCGUAGGUGAUAGGCAGGGGGAAAGUCAGAAUCACCAUACUGGGGCCAGCAGCAGGGGAAGG